AAGUGCCACUUUAUCCACUCCAUGUCGUUUGCUUCGAGGGCGCUCUUCCGACGAAUCGGUACCAGGCGCUUAAACCGACUGGUGAUCCUUUGUUGUCGUUCUAUUUGCCCCUACUCUUCUCUACUUGUACCGCCUUUCUAGGGGUUUCUUGCACAAUUCUCAUUGUUCUUUGACGAGCGAGAGAUUUAACAACUAUCCAAAUCUAUUCUUACUACAAAGGGGACACGACUUUGAAAAGGUCUCUAUAAGACUCGCCUGCCUUGACUCCUUCGUACUUUUGUUUUGAUUUAGAGCCCAAAAUUUCCUGUUUCCCUUCACUUCGUACCUCAUUCAACCUCCACUAUAACCCUCCAGAAGGAACACAAGAUUGUUGUUUAUUUGAUUCCUCUUACCUAUUCUACACCACUAAACCUUGCGCUUACAUGGCUCUGAUCGGCAAGCAAGCAUACUAAUCACCACCAUAGCUUUCACUUCAUUACUACCUUCGUUUCCAUAUCAAUUUCGUUAGCUGGUUCUAGCGUCGAGAUGGGUCUAUUCAAGAUCCUCGCCAUAUCUGCGGCAGUGCUGCAGCUGGCUACCCAAGGAGCUGCCGCCAUUCCGGGGACCGCCCUGGAGCAACGAGCAGACACCACUUCCCAAUACUGGGUCUCAACAAUAAAACGUCAAGGAGUCGCUGCAUUUGCUAGCGAUUCUAACUACAAGGUGUUCCGCAAUGUCAAAGACUACGGCGCCAAAGGAGACGGUAUAACCGACGACACGGAUGCCAUCAAUAAGGCCGUCGCCGAUGGUCCAGGCCGAUGUAUCGAAAAGUGCGACUCCCGCACGACUCACCCCGCUAUUGUCUACUUCCCUCCCGGCACCUACUCUGUCAAGAAGCCCAUCAUCCAAACGUACUAUACUCAAUUCAUAGGCGAUGCGGUUGAUGUCCCAACCAUCAAGGGAUCCGCCGAUUUCGAAGGCAUGGGUGUGAUCGACGCGAACCCGUACGAUUAUAGCACAGGCUCAGACCCGCCCCCAAACUGGUACAUCAACCAGAACAACUUCUUCCGCCAGAUUCGCAACUUCAUCAUUGAUAUGACAGAGAUGCCAACUGGUAAUGGGAAAGCGAGCGCCGGUAUUCAUUGGCAGGUGGCUCAGGCCACCAGCUUGCAGAACAUUAUCUUCAACAUGAACCCUGCUACCUCAGACAACUAUCAGAAAGGUCUCUUCAUUGAAAAUGGAUCUGGAGGCUUCAUGGCAGACCUGACAUUCAAUGGUGGAGGCAUUGGUGCUGAUAUCGGUAGCCAGCAGUACACCACUCGCAACCUAACCUUCAACAACUGCAAUACCGCUAUCCACAUGAUUUGGGACUGGCUCUGGUUGAUGCAAGGAGUCACUAUCAAUGGUGGUCAGUUAGGUAUCAACAUGACUAGUGACACGUAUGAUUCUAUUAAGGUUGGAUCACUCCUCCUCCUCGACAGUAAGAUCUCGAAUGUCCCCGUCGGCAUCAGUACCCUUUACAAGCCCAACAACGAAUAUACCAACAACACUCUCAUCCUUAACAAUGUGGACAUGGCCGAAGGAGUGCCAGUUGCCGUCCAGUACGCAAAGGAUGGAACAUCUUUGCUGGAGGGUAACAAGCUGAUCGAAGGUUGGGUUCAGGGUAGAGAUUAUAGCACCGGAAAGGGUGUGGCCGUUCAAACUACCCAAGACGCAAUCAAGAUGCCGGAUGCUCUUCUUGCUGAGGGCGGAAAGGUAUUUACGCGCACCAAGCCUCAAUACGAGACUGUCGCGGCCAGUCGCUUCAUGAGUGUCAAAUCAGCUGGUGCUGCAGGUGAUGGCAAAACAGACGAUACUGCGGCGAUCCAGAAAGUCUUUGACAGUGCCAAAGAGGGCGAUGUUGUCUACUUCGAUCACGGCGCAUACCUUAUCUCUGAUACUGUUCAUAUCCCCAAGAACAUCAAGAUUACUGGAGAGAUGUGGCCCCUCUUGAUGGCCACGGGCAAGAAGUUCACAGAUGCUAGUAAGCCCGUUGCUGUCUUCGAGGUUGGCAAGCCUGGUGAUGUCGGCAACGUCGAGAUGUCGGAUCUGAUUAUCGAAACCAAGGGCGCUCUUCCUGGCGCCAUUCUUAUGCAGUGGAAUCUAGCCGGAUCGGAGAACGGCGCAGCCGGCAUGUGGGAUGUUCACUUCCGCAUUGGUGGCACUGCUGGAACUGAACUCCAGUCUGAUCAUUGCAGCAAGAAUCCCAAUGCGACCACAGCGGUCGACGACAAAUGUAAGGGCACCUUCCUCAUGCUCCACCUUACCAAUACCGCCUCAGCCUACAUUGAGAAUUGCUGGUUCUGGGUCGCAGACCACGAGCUCGAUCGCGAAGACCAUAAUCAAAUCAACAUUUACAAUGGUCGCGGCGUUUUGAUCGAGUCCCAGAAACCUGUCUGGCUGUGGGGAACGGCAUCCGAGCAUAGUGUCCUAUACAACUAUCAGAUUUCCAACGCUAAGAACACCUUUAUCGGCCUUGCUCAGACCGAGACUGCUUAUAUGCAAGGUAACCCCGACGCCACACAAGGUGUAACUGUGCUCGAGGGGUAUUUCGACCCAGAGUUCAAGAAGACCUGUGAUGGUUCAUCUGACAAGUGUGCUCGAACCUGGGGCAUGCGUAUCACCAACUCUUCAGACGUGUUCGUCCUGGGUGCCGGCAUGUACAGCUUCUUUAACAACUAUGCUCAAGAAUGUGUGUCCGGUCAGAACUGCCAGGACAACAUGAUCAGCGUGGAGGACUCCAAGGUUAGCAUGUACGGUAUUAGCACCAAGGCCUCUGUGAACAUGCUCACCGUCAACUCUAAAUCGGUGGCACAAGACAAAGACAACCGCAACACGUUCUGCGCCGCUAUUGCCAAGUACGAGAGUGACGGCUCCGGUUAUGGAUCUGGCUCUGGAUCGGGCUCUGGAUCGGGUUCUGGAUCAAGCAGUUCCUUGCCAGCCCCUACCAGCUCGUCCCCAGCUUCAACACAUUUGCCGGCAUCCUCGAGCAGUAGUGCUGGGCACAACCCAACUCAGAUAUCCGCCACCCACAGUGCAUCUCCUACAGGGGGCUACGGUCAACCUGGCGGAGAUGCCACUGCUACGUCUUCGGGUUCGCCUUCAUCGACUACAGCCGCCGUUGAAUCCUCAUCAGCUGAUAGUUCGGACUGUGACGACUCAAUGCCAGCCGAAAGCACUGCUAGUGACGUAGCUGCAACGCCAUCACCAACUCCGAGCUCAGGCUCUGGAGGUUCUAGUGAGGGUGGAGACCACUCGCCAGUGACCGUCACCGUUACCGAGACAGUGACUGCUGCUGGUACAUGCCAAACACCCUAGGAAGGGAUCACCAGCACAGGUCAUAUAGGUACAAAGACGCGAUCGUUGAACAUCGUGACAGUGUACACUACUUUCACGCCCUGCAUACACAAGACCACAGCAGCAGCCCUUACGGUAUUCAUCGAGGUCGCAACGCCUUUGACUGAGCCAUGUGAGACAGCACCCGCGGUGGCACCUUGUUCCUAGUGCAGGGGCGUGAUUUCUCUCUCACCUAUACCCUCUGUUAUAUACCCUUAAGUUGAGCAGACGUAAGGAUUAUCUGGUCUCCUUUCGUACAUUACAUGGCUUCACUUCUUCUUCCAGUGACCCCGGAGGCAUUGGCUAUAUUGAACUCCUUUUUUCGUUCGAGAAUGGCAUAGGGAACUCGGCGUGAAGGAGUUUGUCAGGAUUAGAUUUGUGCUUUGCAUUUUCCCCCGGAAUAUCACGGGCUAUACUAGUUUGCUCGCGAGAGUGGGCAUUGAAUCGAUACGGUUCGCCUGUAGCGGCAAUUCAGAAAGAAUUCAAUAGAUGCGCUUUGUGUAGCUACAGACCCAUUGCUUUCACUCUGCAUGCAUGUGAUGAC